GUUCGUGGAAAGGUAUGGAAUCCGGAAGUCUUUACAGGCUGCAUCCUGCAUCGCCGCCGCUGUUGCUGCUGGCUUCGCUUCGUGGAGAUUUCAAGUGUCGGCGGAGCUGAGCGGCAGCAACGAGAAAAAUGGGCAACACGGAUUCCAAGCUGCAUUUUAGGAAAGCCGUCAUCCAGCUGACGACUAAAACGCAGCCGGUGGAAGCUACAGAUGAUGCAUUCUGGGACCAAUUCUGGGCAGACACGACCACUUCAGUACAGGAUGUGUUUGCGCUUGUGCCCGCUGCCGAGAUCCGAGCCGUUCGGGAGGAGUCACCCUCCAACUUGGCCACCCUCUGUUACAAGGCUGUGGAGAAGCUGGUGCAGGGUGCAGAGUCAGGCUGCCAUUCAGAGAAGGAGAAGCAAAUUAUCUUGAACUGUACUCGUCUGCUCACUCGAAUUCUACCGUACAUCUUUGAGGACCCCGACUGGAGGGGAUUCUUCUGGUCCACCGUUCCUGGGGCUGGUCGAUCAGGGGCAGAAGAUGCCGAUGAUGACGGUGCCCGUCCUCUGGCUGAAUCGCUUCUUUUAGCCAUUGCUGACCUCCUUUUCUGCCCAGGCUUCACUGUGCAGAGCCACAAGAAAGGUGCAGCGGACACUCCCGAAGACAUUCACUCCAUUGACAGCUGCGAGUACAUCUGGGAAGCAGGAGUGGGCUUUGCUCAUUCACCACCACUCAACUACAUCCACGAUCUCAACAGGACUGAACUUUUGAAACUUUUACUGACCUGCUUCUCCGAAGCCAUGUAUUUGCCACCUUCUUCUGAGAGUAACAUCCUAAACCCGUGGGUUCAGUUCUUCUGCUCAACUGAAAACCGGCACGCGCUGCCCCUCUUCACCUCACUACUCAAUGUGGUCUGUGCCUAUGAUCCUGUGGGUUACGGGAUCCCCUACAACCAUUUGCUUUUUUCUGACACCCGUGAGCAAUUGGUGGAGCAUGCGGUACAGGUCCUCAUUGUGACGCUGGAGCACGAUGGCAGCACUGGUGCACCUGAUGGCUCCACCCCAGCCACAGUCGUUGAUGAUCAGGAUCCUGCGGGACCUGACAAUCUUUUUGUCAACUACCUUUCAAGAAUCCACAGAGAGGAGGAUUUCCAGUUCAUUUUGAAAGGUGUGGCCCGCUUGCUCACUAACCCUCUUGUCCAGACGUACCUGCCAAAUUCCACUAAAAAGAUUCAGUUCCACCAGGAGUUGCUGAUUCUCUUCUGGAAGCUUUGUGAUUUCAAUAAGAAAUUCUUGUUCUUCGUUCUGAAGAGUAGUGAUGUUCUUGAUGUCCUGGUCCCUAUCCUCUACUAUUUGAAUGAUGCUCGAGCUGAUCAAUCUCGAGUGGGCCUAAUGCACAUUGGAGUCUUCAUCCUGCUGCUUUUAAGUGGAGAGAGGAACUUUGGAGUCCGGUUAAAUAAGCCCUACUCUGUCCGAGUACCAAUGGACAUCCCUGUCUUCACCGGAACGCAUGCUGAUCUGCUGAUAGUGGUUUUUCACAAGAUCAUCACCAGCGGUCACCAACGUCUCCAGCCUCUGUUUGACUGUCUGCUUACCAUUGUGGUGAAUGUGUCUCCUUACCUAAAGAGUCUGUCAAUGGUGGCGGCCAACAAGCUUCUCCAUCUCCUUGAAGCCUUCUCCACCACUUGGUUCCUGUUCUCUGCCUCCCAAAACCAUCAUCUCGUUUUUUUCUUGUUGGAAGUUUUCAACAACAUCAUCCAGUACCAGUUUGAUGGAAACUGCAACUUGGUGUAUGCAAUCAUUCGCAAACGGCAUGUGUUCCACCAGUUGGCCAAUUUGCCAACCGACCCCUCGUCCAUUCAGAAAGCACUGCAGCGUAAAAAGAGAUCCUCCGAACCCAUAUCCCGCACCAACUCACAAGAGGCAGUCUCUAUGGAGGGCUCACGGCCCGCUGCUCCUGCUGAGCCCGGCACGCUGAAGGCCAGCCUCUUUGCAACUCCAGGUAUCGACAAGUUGACGGAGAAGUCUCAGGUGUCUGAAGAUGGUACGAUGGUGUCUGUACAGAAGACAGAUUCUCCUCAGAGCCCAGUAGAUGGUGCAGUUGCUGCAGGAAUAAGUGACACCGAGUCUAAUUCAGAGGAUGUCUUUGAAGAGAAACCUGAAAGGAGACGGAUGUCCAGUGCAUCAUCUGUGGGCCAGUGGGCUGCCACCCCAGAUUGGGUGUUGUCAUGGAAGUCCAAGCUACCCUUGCAAACCAUCAUGCGUCUUCUGCAAGUCUUGGUGCCCCAAGUUGAGAAGAUCUGCAUUGACAAGGGCCUAACAGAUGAAUCCGAGAUUCUGAAGUUCCUCCAGCACGGAACGUUGGUGGGGCUACUUCCUGUCCCGCACCCCAUCUUGAUCCGCAAGUACCAGGCCAACUCGGGCACUGCUAUGUGGUUUCGCACCUACAUGUGGGGCGUGAUUUACCUGCGGAAUGUUGAUCCGCCCAUCUGGUAUGACACAGAUGUGAAGCUCUUUGAAAUCCAGCGGGUGUAAAAGUCUCGAGUCGGAACUGCCAAUGAAAACAGAGCGGUCGCCUCUUUUGUUGCCCUCCCAGUAAAGAACUCCAACCUUUAGUAAAUCCUAAGGAAAUCACCGCCACUUACUGAAUGUACUGCCUGCACAGCCAGGGUGAUAGACAGAGGCUCUCAGAGCUUCAUCUAGCAGCUGAUGGACACCGGUCCUUUGAAGCUGGGUCUAGCAGCUGAUGGGCAGAAGCCCCCAUGACCAUACAACAGCUGUUUCUUGGCAUGACAGUAUGUACAGAUUGGGGGGAGCCAUUACAUGAGGGUGUUUAAAAAAUGAAAACCCAAUUCUCUGGGAAGCGUAAUAAAUUUGCACCUCACCCUAGACUUUGAACGCCAUUGCAGUUCAGUUAUAACCUCGAAGUGUUACCAAAACAGCGUGAAAAGAAGAUCAGACUCACGGAUUAAAGCACACUUGCUCAUGAUGACUAGGUGAUGACAAGCAUUUCUUAAGAGACCCCUGCCAUACACCUCAAGAAUCCCAUAGGCUAGUCUCAGGGAGACUGACUGUCCCUAAAGAUUAUUAGGUCCAAAUGAGAUGGGAGUUCCUUUCCCUGGAUUUAGUUAUCGAAUCUCUCUUUUCUGUUACCACUCUCCGACCAUCGUUUUCUUUCCCCUUAACUCGAAGUCAUGCUAGUACCAAAAACUAAGAAUGUUAUUCACUUUGGGGUUUCCCCAUCUCAGCAGGCGGCUCUUUUAUAAUUUGUAGAUUUGGCUGUUGUUAUCAGAAAGGUGGAACGCUCCUUACCCUGUGCUGUUGCCAGUAAUCUUGCCCUAGCCCUAGCACCACUAUCUCCCUUAAAGUAGAUCAAACACAUUUUGUUUAGUUGCCAGUUCCCAGGUGAUCCACACAAACCAACUGGAACAUAACUGGUGGGCUUGCACACCAAUUUUUUCCCCAACCCUUUGUCUUUUGUUGCUUUCAUGGAAGAAUUCAGUGGGUAUACCGACUUGAGCACAUUGAGAAGAGUACAGCACCAUUUGAAAGACCGACCAUUGUGAGUCCCAUGUCGUGCCUCCUCCUUUUUCCUGCCGUCUUCAUGCCGUGGAGAAAACUGUAACGUAUACAAGUGACAGAAGCCGUGCAAACCCUGUCACGUUGCACACAGCCAGAAUGUACCCUACCAGUUGCCAGUCUGCUCCAUUUGUAGUGUUGCUUCUGUGGCUUCAGUUUUCACUACGCCAUUGUGUUAGCUGUUUCAAAAGCAAAUGAAAUCUGUUCUGUCUGAAGGAAUCUAUUUUCCUUGGAAAAAUGUAGAGUAUUAUAAAUUAUUUAUAAAUGAAAUGAUUCAUUGA